GCGCGAGGCGCACCAACCAACCCGCCACCUCCCGCAGAGCCCCGCGCCCCGCACGCGCGCGCGCGCGAGGUCCCAGGACCGCCGGGCCUCGCGCCCGCGCCCCUCGCCGGCGGCGGCGCCGCCAUGCCGCGGCGGGGCGAGACGGCAGUGGUCCCCAUUGACGCGGACGGAGGGAGGCCCAAGGCGCCCCCGGGCCGCUCCGGCAGCCACGGCCCGGGCCACCACGGCCACCGCCACCACAGGAGCAGCCGGCCCCCGCCGCCGUCGCAGGAGUUCCGGCCCUUCCGCCGCUGGUUCCCGUUCCUCGUGCCGCUCUUCAUCGCCGCCAACAUCGCCCUCUUCGUCCGCACCAUGUACGUCAACGACUGCCCCGCCCACGCCGCGGCUGCCGCCGCCGCGAUCGGCGACUCCGUCGGCGGGGCCGCCGGGGGUUCCGCCGGGGCCGCCGCCUCGCGGGGUUGCAUGCUCGAGCCGGACCUCGGCAGGUACGCGUUCCAGCCGUACAAGGAGAACCCCCUCGUCGGGCCAACAUCCGCGACGCUGUUGCAAAUGGGGGCACUAGAAACUGGUAAAGUUGCCAAGGAUCACGAAUGGUGGCGCCUCAUCACUUGCAUUUGGUUGCAUGCUGGUGUUAUCCACAUACUUGCCAACAUGUUGAGUCUCCUGAUGAUUGGAAUCAGGCUUGAGAAGGAAUUCGGUUUCCUGAGGAUCGGCACGCUGUAUGUGAUCUCGGGGGUCGGCGGUAGCUUGUUGUCUGCUCUGUUUAUGGUGUCAAAUAUCUCUGUUGGUGCUUCAGGUGCACUGUUUGGAUUACUGGGCUCCAUGCUGUCAGAGCUGAUAACAAACUGGACAAUCUACGAGAAUAAGUGUGCGGCUUUAUUGACUCUUGUUAUGAUCAUUGUUAUCAACUUGGCUGUUGGGAUCCUUCCACAUGUUGACAACUUUGCUCAUAUUGGUGGAUUCGUAUCGGGGUUUUUUCUUGGUUUUGUGCUCCUAAUGCGCCCACAGUUCGGAUACAUCAACCAAAAGAACUCUCGUCUUGGAGUUCACUCGGGCACGACUAAAUGCAAGUACAAGCCUUAUCAAAUUGUACUCUUGGUGAUUGCUUUGGUGAUAUUAAUUUGUGGGUUCAUCACUGGCUUUGUAUUGCUAAUGCAAGGGUUCGAUGCUAGCCAGCAAUGUUCUUGGUGCCAUUAUCUGAGCUGUGUUCCUACUUCAAAGUGGGACUGUAAAGCACCGAACAACUAUUGCGUCUCUUCACAGCUUGGAGACCAAUUAAACCUGACAUGCCAAAGCACCGGGAAGACCGAAACGUACGUUAUCAACAGCCCAACCAACCCGGAGGCGGUUAAGAACCUUUGUCUCGGCCUUUGCAGCUGAUGGAUGGUGGAUGUAUGCGCUUUCAUGGCAAGAAAUUGAUAUCUGCAUAUCUAUGGAAGGGAGACUAGAAGCCUAUGUUUACAAUGGAUUUGGCCUGUGUUAAUGCUUUUGGGCUCCUAUAGUUCUCUCAUGCAUGUGUUGUAUGUUGUGUAUUGCAAAUGUCGACCGGCGGUGAUGAAAGAUGUAUGCUUUGAAAGAGGCAUUAGUUUCUGAAAUCUCAUGUGAGCGCUUGCAUUCUUACGUGUCUUGUGGUGUGGAUGUUGAGCUUAAUUAAAUUGUUGUGUCAAGAA